AUGGAAGAUCCCAAGAGGAAUGGAAUGAUAUCAGAAUCAUUAACCAAAAGAGACAAGAAACGACAACAAAUAGCGACACGAUUAAAUAAACUUGAAUUAACUUUUCGAAAUGAUCGAGAUAUCUUUUAUAGAAAUCUGUUACAUGAAUUACAAACAAAAUUAGCUACAUUACAACAAGGUACCAAUGAAGAAUAUGUAAGUAAAAAGAUUCAAAUGGAAGAAGUUCGAGAUUAUGAAUUAACUAAAUUAAGAUUAUGGGAAGAAUAUCAAGUAAAACGAAUAGAAACUGAAUAUAAUGAAGAUAUUGCUAAAGCAAAAGAAAAUCAUGAUAAAAUGAUUAAAUUAAUUAAAGAAAAAUUAUAUGAUAAAUUAGAAAAACAAAUUAAACAAUUAAAAGAAGAUAAAAUAUUAUUAAAUCUAGUGAAUGGGAAUUCUUGGAAUAAUUCAGAUGAAUCUUCAGCACAAACACUGGCUUAUGAUGUAGCUGCCGCCGCGGCUGGAUUCACUACUGUCAGUGAUCGUAGAUCACUUCGGAAACGAGAAAUUACCAGUCGAUUCACCACGGGAGAAGCAGAUGAUUUAUCUGAUGGAGGUGGUGCAUCAUCAGCCACUGGUGCAAAUACGAAUGGAGGAUAUACAUCUUCAGGAAAACGAAGGAGAUUAUAUGCAACUCGAUAUUCUUCAAAUGAUGAGAUGUCAUCAAGUAUAGCAAGUGCAUCCACUGCAAUUCCAUUCAAAUCAUCAAAUGCCAAUAAUAAUGGAGGUGUGAGUAGUGGAUAUGAAUCUAAUUUGAGUGAUAAAGAUUAUGACGCGUUGAAUUCAUUGAUUAUGGAGAAUGAAGAUGGUGGAGUAUCAUUGAUAUUGUUGGAUAAGACGGGUCCAGGAGGUGGUACAUCUAAUAAACCACAGACUAGAGGAAGUAAUAAACAGUUUAUAGGUCCUCAAGGGUUAAAACCAGAAGAAUUGAAUGAAGAUUUGACAUUGUUAAGGAAUGCAAUUCUAUCACAUCAAGAUAUAGCCAGUUCUAAAGAUGCUCCAUUCCAAUAUGGAUGUCAGGUCCCUCAGACCGACAAGCCGAGGGCGAAUGCCACCUUGGUCGUACUUGCAAGAAAUUCCGAGCUCGCUGGGGUAGUGAAAUCGAUGCAGAGCCUCGAGAGGCAUUUUAAUCAAUGGUUCGGAUAUCCAUGGGUAUUUUUGAAUGAUGAGGAGUUUGAUGAAGAGUUCAAGGAGACGGUGAAGGAAUAUACAUCUGCCCUGGUUGAAUUUGGACGGAUUGGGCCGAAGGAGUGGGAUUUGGUGGGGGAUCAUGCUGAGAUUGAUGAAUAUAUCAAUAAUCAGGGUGAUAGACGAGUGUUAUAUGGGAAUAGUAUUUCAUAUCAUAAGAUGUGUAGAUUUUAUUCCGGGUUUUUUUAUAGACAUGAAUUGGUUACCAAAAGAGAUUGGUAUUGGAGGGUAGAGCCUGAUGUUGAGUUUUAUUGUGAUAUUACCUAUGAUCCAUUUAUAGAAAUGGAAAAACGGGGCAAGAAGUAUGGAUUUGCGGUUUUGAUUAAGGAAUUAUAUUAUACCGUGCCAGGAUUAUUUGGAGAAACAAAAGCUCAUAUCAAAAAGAAUAACAUUAAACUAAAAUCAGCAUGGGAUUUAUUCAUCAUAAAUUCAAAAUACACCACGGGGACCCAAUCCCAAUACAAAUAUGACAAUCUAAAAACCCGCUCGGAAAUCCUCGAAACCAUCGAAGACAACAUCGUACUCCAGAAAUGGCUAGAUACCCCCGAUAAGACCGACGCGGACUUCUCUUCAUUCAACAACGAUCUAAUCUCCAAACUCAUCGCCGAAUCCACUCAACUCCCUCAACUCCAUGAAGACCGAAUCGAUCAAGAAGAAUACAACCUAUGUCAUUUCUGGUCAAAUUUCGAAAUCGCCAGAACCGAUCUCUUCACUUCCACAGAAUAUCAACAAUAUUUCGAAUAUUUAGAUUCAACCGGUGGAUUCUAUAAGGAACGUUGGGGAGAUGCACCCAUACAUUCCCUAGCAGUGGGGAUGAUGUUGGAUGUGUCCGAGAUUCAUUAUUUUCGGGAUAUGGGAUACCGACACUCAGUCCUCGCUCAUUGUCCUCGCAACUCUCCGGCGAAUCAAUUAGAAUAUGUCCAAAGCGAGAAAUAUAAAGGAGGUGAUCCGGAGGCGGAUAAGUAUUGGUUAAGACCAGAUAGACCCGGUGCGAAUGGGGUGGGGUGUAGGUGUAGAUGUCCGAAACGGAUUCCUGAUUUGGAGGAUAAUCCGGAUGCUUGUAUAAAGAAGUGGAAACGGGUUAGUGAGGAUAAUUAUCGGGCAUUCAAGACGGUGGAUGUGGAUGAAUAUGAGAAGAAGAUUAGGAAGAGGGUGGAUACGUACCUUGCGAAAGGUGGAGUAUUGGGGAAGAAGAGGGUGACCACUCAUAUGUUUUGGGGUAAGGAGUUAUCUAUAUUGUAA